AUGAGACCACGUAUGAACCCGGAGAGUAUAAAAUUAGAUAAUGACGGGACAUUUCAACUUUCACAGAAUUGGCAUAAGUAUGGAACAUGUCCACAAGGAACUAUCCCUAUACGAAGGAAUAUAAAAGAUUACCGUUCAACACUUCUGCGUAAGCAUCGACUUUCAAAAUUUUCUCAUCCGAAGACACCUAAUACAUUACAACCAAACGACGAUAUUACAGACGGUCAUGAGGUUUUAGCCGGUUUCCUUGAAGAUUUUAAUAGUAUUGAAGCUGGAUGGGAAGUAUGUCAACCUAGAUAUGGUGAUUACCAGACCAGAUUCUUUAUACUAUGGACUACCGAUGGCUACAAAAACAGUUGCACCAACCUCGAAUGUGAAGGUUUUGUGCACACAUCCUCGGAUGUCGCCCUUGGUUGUAAUUUCACGGAAAUGUCCACUUUCAAGGGAGACCAAAAAGAUGCCACCUUCAGUAUACACAAGGACCAAAGUAGUGGAAAUUGGUGGGUACAAAUACAAGGCAUACCUGUUGGAUAUUAUCCAAGUUCUCUAUUCACCCAAUUAUCAAAGACAGCGACAAAAGUAGAGUUCGGUGGAGAAAUCUUUAAUGAAAUAUCUAAAGGACGACAUACUAUAGCUCAAAUGGGUAGUGGUCAUUUCCCUUCAGAAGGAGGUUUGGGUGUAUCCAGUUAUUUUAGUCAUGUCCAAAUAAUUGAUGAAAAUAACGAAGCCAAAGACCCUCAAAACGUUGAGUUGUAUGUAUCGAAUCCAAAUUGUUAUGAUUUGAAAAUCGAAAAUACCAACGGUUACGGGUUCUACUAUGGAGGUCCGGGUUAUAAUGAUAAUUGUCAAUAA